AUGGAGCGGUCGCAGAGCCGCCUCAGCCUCUCCGCCUCCUUCGAGGCCCUGGCCAUCUACUUCCCCUGCAUGAACAGCUUCGACGAGGAGGACGCGGAUGGUGAUGGUCGGAGACUGAAAGGAGCCAUCCAGAGGAGCACAGAAACUGGCCUGGCUGUGGAAAUGCCCAGCAGGACUGUCCGUCAAGCCAGCCACGAGUCCAUCGAGGACAGCAUGAACAGCUAUGGAUCAGAGGGAAACUUGAAUUUCAGUGGAGUCCAUCUGGCAUCUGCUGGGCAGUUUAGUGACUUCCUGGGGAGCAUGGGCCCUGCACAGUUUGUUGGCCGUCAGACCUUGGCCACCACCUCCAUGGGGGACGUGGAAAUUGGCUUGCAAGAGCGAAAUGGGCAGCUUGAAGUGGAUAUCAUUCAGGCUCGAGGACUGACACCAAAACCUGGCUCCAAAACACUGCCAGCUGCUUACAUCAAAGCUUACCUGCUAGAGAAUGGAGUGUGCAUUGCAAAAAAGAAGACAAAAGUGGCUCGCAAGUCAUUAGACCCUUUGUACAAUCAGGUGUUACUGUUUGCUGAGAGUCCCCAGGGCAAAGUAUUACAGGUGAUAGUCUGGGGAAACUAUGGACGCAUGGAGCGCAAGCACUUCAUGGGAGUCGCCAGGGUUCUCCUGGAAGAACUGGAUUUGUCAACUUUAGCAAUCGGCUGGUACAAGCUCUUCCCAACUUCCUCGAUGGUAGAUCCCACUACAGGCCCGCUCCUGCGUCAGUCCUCACAGCUUUCCCUGGAGAGCACAGUGGGACCCUGCUGUGACAGGUCUUAGUGAGUAAGGAAGGGGGAACUGCUUUUGUUUUUAAACAUGCUGUCAAGGUUUUGUUUGCUGGAACUCUGACCUCAAGCGCAAUGCAUGUUCAAUCAGUUCUUGUGGAGCUGGAAGAGGAGGAUAAACCAGUGACCUUAGACAGAAGACGAGGGAGAGGGCACUGUGCCCUCUCUGUCCGAGGAGGAGGUGCCAUGGGGCAUGAGUCCUAGUUGUCAAAUUAGACAUACACCUCUUAUUUCACUUCUCUCGCUGUCAUUCUUGGACCCUUGUUUCAGAUCAGUAUUAACCCUGGAAAG